AUGGAACGAGAUCGUAGACAGAGUCGAACAGGCCUCCAAGCUUUAGCGCCUCUAUGGUGGGAAUCUUUCCAUUUCCAACUUGAAGAAACACUAAUCGAUCCAUCUGAUUCCUCAAUAUAUGGAGCCAUCUACAAGUUUAAACUUCCGACAGACACAUUCGGGCAAUGGCACCCUCCCCGCUGUGUGGUUGCGCUACGAGGCACAGUCAUCGAACCCGAGACAAUGUAUCAAGAUUUCAAACUUGAUCCCAAGAUUUUACUCAAGCAGAAACUCACAAAAAGCUUCCGAGCUGAAGUAACAUCUAAAGUUGUGGAAAUAUUAGUGGAUAAUAUUAAUGCUGGCGCGAAUACUGUGUGGCUGGCUGGCCAUUCUCUGGGGUCAGCUAUUGCACUCACAGUGGGGCGAGACAUGGCAAAAAUAGGAAUUCCCCUAGAAACUUACCUUUUGAACCCACCGUUUGUUUCAAUACCACUAGAGCACAUCAAGCUGAGCCGUAGAGAAAGGAGUGGGAUAAGAAUUGCAUGGUCUGUAGCCAAGGCUGUACUAUCAAAGGUCGUGAUGGACGAUGAACAGAGGACUCAAGUAGAAAAUAAGUUCACGCAGUUAUCCAUUUGGGCUCCAUACUUAUGUGUGAAUGAAGAUGAUCCAAUUUGUUCCGAGUAUAUUGGCUACUUUAAGAACAGGUACAGAAUGGCGCGUUGGGGACCUCGUGGUGCUAGAAUUGCAAAGGCUGCGACCAAAGUUUCAACCAGGAGUUUAGCUAAGUAUGCAUUGGGUAGCCGUACUGCAGAACCAUUUCAUCUGCUUCCAACAGCUAAUCUGGUGAUCAAUAAGAGUGGGAGCCAAAACUUGAAGGAAGCUCAUGGAGUUGCUCAGUGGUGGACACAGUGUUUUAGUUGCCAGCCCGAGUUGCACAGGUACUAG